AAUAAGGCUCACAACCUUCUUCUCCUCCUCCUCUUCUUUCCCCAACUCAUGGAGAAGAAGGAGCAGACCAAGCCCGUCGCGGUGUCAUCGCCUUCGGCGGACGCCACCGACGACGCCGCUGCCAUCGGUCGUUUACCUGCGCGGCGCCUCCGCAAGCGCCGGUGCGCCCUUUUCUGCUUCCUUUGCUGCGCGGCGUCUGCGGUCAUCGUAGGCGUCGUGGUGCUCGUCCUCUCCUUCACCCUCUUCAAGGUAAAGGACCCAACGCUCACCAUGAACUCCCUCGUCAUCGAACGCAUCGACCUCGACUUCGGCACCGACCGGAGCCGCCCGCUGUCGAUCAACGCCACGCUCGACGCCGACAUCUCCAUCGAGAACCCCAACAUGGCCUCCUUUCGGUUCGGCAACAGCACCACCGACUUCUACUACAGCGGCGAGACCGUGGGCGUGGCCUACGCGCCGAUCGGGAAGGUGCCCGCCCACCGCACGGCGCGGCUGGGCGUGCGGGUGGACGUGCUCGUCGACCGCGUCGCCACGCAGCUCAACCUCACGAUGGGCCUCCUCAGCGGCACCCAGCUGCAGCUGACGAGCUACACGGACAUCCGAGGGAGGGUAAGCGUGCUGGGCGUGUACAAGCGCGACAUCGAGAUGAUGCUCAACUGCAGCAUCACCAUGGAAGUGUCCAUCGCGGAGCAGCAGAUAACCGGCACCGAUUGCUUAGCCACCGUGAAGUGAAGAGCAAUUGCAAUCAGCUGUGUCUUCUCGCCGAUCGUUUCACUGAUUCAGUUGACCGCACUGGAGUAGCCUAAUAAUUACUUCAGCUUGUUUGCCGUCACAUUCGAUUCAUUUGUGUUAAGCCUUGUUUGUAUUAAUCUGCUUUGAUUCAUUUGUGUUAAUCCUUGUUUGUAUAAAUCUGCUUUGAUAGUUGUUAUUA